AUGUCACAAACUAAUACGACUUUCGAUCCGGCUCUCGUCUCCAGUAUGCUGAGAGAAGCUCAACGCCACGCGAUGCAGAGUGCAACACUGCGAGACAAAGCGCGCGAACACGUCGAGAACUGGGCAAAAUCGUCGUGUCUUAGUCUGUGCACGGAGAUGCAAUCGCGAUUACCCCGCGAGCUACGAAAUAUGGUCUAUGCAUCAGUUUUCCAAGAUGCUGGUAGCUUCUCGGCAUCUUGGCCCUACCCAGAAGGCGUACUGAAAGACUGCCCACAUCUUCGCGACAUCACAUAUGUAGGCAAUGAAACACUUGUCGAAUUAGCUGAAGAGUGGCAUCAUUGCUACAUCUUCGGCCUCGAGCUUGAUGGCAACUGUCAGGGUCUCGUCAACACCGGAAGCGAGAUUUGGGGUUUGCCUGGUCUGGAUUUUGCCCGACAUAUCCGCCACGUAGAAGUCGAAAUACGUCCUGCAUAUUCGGAAGCACGUGUGGGAUCCGAUGACCUCAUAGGAUUGCCGGGAGGCUGGAGAUGCCUGUAUAAGCUGCAGCGACCGACUACGCUUACCCUGAAGGCGGACUUCGUGGAAUGGCUAGAUAGCGAUCAGCCAGGUGAUUUGCAUGCCCAGGUCGUUGAGCUGUUGACAUACCUGAUUGGCGCUGGUGUCAAAGUAACUGUUGAACUUGCAGCUUCUCAUAGAUCCAAACCCUACAGUGGAAGUGUUGGUUUGGAACAUCUCGAGAACGAUAGAUGGUGUGAUUUGCUUUACCGAGUAUGGAAUGAUUAA